GGGAGCUGAAAAAUGAGGCUCGGAUCCCCAGCUGCAAGUCCAUCGAAUAGAAAAAUCUGGGAGGGAGCGAGGGGUUGGGCUCCAUCUCACAAAAGAAAAGCCACGGGAAUCUGCAGCCACACACUGACUUUCUCUGAGAGCAAGCAGGUGGAGAGGAAAGCAAAGUGAGGAAUGUCUGAUUUGAAGCGAGAAAUGUUGGAUAUCUGAAGCACAGAUGGUGAAUGGAACCUCCUGGCUGCUAGAAAUACAACAUCUAAUGGAUUGUUACGGAUCAGUUUUAGGAGGGUUGUAGGAAUUUAUACGCUUUGUAACGUACGUACCGAUUUUCUUUUCAAUUGUUAGAGAGCGUGUCUUAAUUAACGCUUAACGAGGUCUCGACACCUCUCGGUGCAGUCGACUUUGCUCACGCCGGAUGCUUGGUUGGGUGAGUGAUGGCUUGAAUUUGAGUUAGAAAUCCUUCUCGAGACCCGACUCCGUGGAGAACUUAUGAACCUGUCGAACGAUGGUGACGCUCACAGCGACCCAAGAGCCUGUAAAUCAAAGGUCCAAAUCCCAGCAGGGGUAUUUUCCAAGAAAAUCCAGCCUCAUGAAGAUUACAUUGGCGUUUGUGUUCAGGACCAAGGUCCACGGGCUGAGGUACGUUUUUUCUCCAGACAAAUCCAAACCUCAGCGUUUCUUCUGGCUCUUAGCCAUCUGCGUCUGCUUGGCACUUUUCUUCGUCUGGUCCUGGAAUCGCUUGUUCUACCUUCUGUCUUUCCCAGCCGUCACGAAGAUUUACAUGGUGUGGGCGACCAACAUGACUUUUCCUGCCGUCACGCUGUGCAACCAGAACGUCUUCCGCGUGUCUAGUCUCACCAAAGCAGACCUGUACCACAGCGGGUACUGGAUGGACAUUAUGCACGCCAACCAUUCUCUGAACAGGCAGAGUGUGGCCAUGCUGAAGCACAGCCGCCACAGAGACAGGCUGAUGAGGUUGCUGGACUUCUCCGACUAUGUCCCGCCACCCCGCUUCCACCUCAACACCACUGAGAUGAUUGGUAGACUGAGCCACCAGAUAGAGGACAUGCUUUUGGAGUGCAGGUUCAAAGGAGAAAGCUGCACGCAUAAAAACUUUACUCCAGUAUGUAUAUCAUCACAUACAUCCUCUUGUGGUAACGUAACAGUUAUUUUUCUAUGCCUUAGAAAUCAUGGCAGGAAACUACAAAGUGUCAGAAAAGUUACAUCAUAUCCUCUGAUUAGGGUUAGGGUUAGGGUUAGGGUUACGGUUAGACAGGAAGCCCAGACAGGAAGACGCAGCCAGUUAGUUUGUCAUAAACAUUAGCCGUAUGUCUACUGGAAUUCUUUAGCGGUUGCAUGUUACAUACAUUACCAUGUCGUAAGUAAGAAUAAUGUAGCAACGCCACGAUCGACCUGAAGAUUCUGAACAAUCCGAAUAAAGUUUAAAGUUUUUUCGAAAAUGUACUAAUAAAAAUAAAUAAAUAAAUAAAUAAUCGACACCUUCUGAUCCAAUCAGAUUUGAGAAAUCGACGGGGCA